AUGGCAAAUGAUUCAGGACACAGCCACUGGUUUCACGAGAACUUGGAGCUUCUUCGACUGCUUUUGAAUGUUUAUCCACAUCCCGAAACACGAUUCCGGCGUUUCGGAGCAGAUAAUCCCACCGUCACAGCUCUCGGCCUUGCUGUAAGUCUGGGCCAGCUACAAACAGCCAGAUUAUUGAUCGAUCACGGUGCGGACAUAUUUGCGACUCAGUGGACUCACCUAGACGGCGCCUGGCCUGACUUUGAAACCGAUGUCUUUGGUCUAGCUUCCAAGAGAGGGGACAUUGCGAUGAUGCGUAUGCUUCUCGACGCUUCCAGGAACAUGAAAGGACCAAGUCCCAUGGUUUAUGGCUUGGAUCAAUCUCUUAUUCUCGCCGUGGCCUUUGGCCGAGAAGAGGCAACGAAGCUCCUUUUGAAUUCAGGUGUCGCUGUCUCGGCCGCUGACCAUUUUCUACGGGCAAGAGGUGCCGGUCACAGAACGCUCGUGGAGAGAGCCUUGGCUCAGCAAAACCUCGAGCUGCAUCUUACCUUGGUAGCCGCGGGAGCUUCCGUGGACUGGUCGGCUGUCAUGGAUUGCUUCAGCUUCAAACUAUUUCAUUCCAUCAAGCAGAAAGAUGUUCAGGGUGCAAUGAGCUUGUUGAGCUUGAAAGCUCCACCAGAUGAUCUAUACGAUGAUUUUCCCGAUACCGCCCUUGGCGCAGCGAUUGGGCAAGGAAGUCGUGAGCUUAUCCAACUCCUCAAAAUUGCAGGUGUUACCGCCGAAGGACAUCGUAUUCCAUAUAUUCCAAACAUGGAAACAUUAUCCUGCCUGGAGGCACUCGGGUUUCUUCCGACCAUCCUUCGCAACAACGGACAGAUGAUACUCACUUGUGCCAUUCUCCGGGCGAAAGAGGAUGGUUUGGUAGAGUACCUGCUAAGCCGUGGGGUGGACCAACAAGAGAUGAAGCUUGGCCCUCUCGAAAGUUUCGACGGUUGGUUAGACAAUCUGGGGUUGCCAGAAUGCCAAAGUCCGCUCGAGGCAGCCCUCACGCGACGAAACAUGACACUUGCACAGACUCUCAUCCACAGGGGGGCACUCGCCACAGAGAAAGAGCUUAAUGCGAUUGUUUGGCAGGCCGCGCCCACUGCAGUGGGAAUGGCGGUGCUUUGGGGAAGAACUGGCAUUGUCCGGGUCCUCCUGAAUUUUGGAAUCGAUCCGAGGGGUCUUGUAUACGUGACCGAUCCACCAGACGAGGGCGAAGAAAUAACAAACCAAGGCUCAGGCUGGUGGCACCGGGAAACCGAGGAAGUUGUGCCAUCGGUUCUAGAAGUUGCAGCAUCCAAGAGUGACCGCGAAAUCCUACAGCUUCUGCUAGACUCGAUGAAUUGGACCCAAGAAGAUAAAAGCCGUUCUCUCACAGCGUCCCUCUUUUGGAGAAAUUAUCAUCUUGUAUCAGACUUGUUGGCAGCCUGUGCGGGCGUGAAUCAGGGGAUGAUGGAGAGAGCCGUAGUCUCUGAUAAGGUGAAUACCGAAUUGCUACCUCUGCAAGUUGCGGUGAACGCCGGGAAUGUCGAUAUGGUGAAACUUCUUCUUCGGAGGGGUGCGAAAAUCAACCAGAUUGAAGCAGGCGCCGGUGGCAAGACCGCUUCACAAAUCGCUGCAAAGACCGGCAAUGUGGACCUCCUCGCUCUACUUCUGGAGAAGGGCGCGAAUGUGAAUCAGCCAGCUGCAGAAAAUAUGGGGGCUACAGCUUUGCAAUUUGCCGCCAUGGGAGGUCAUAUUGAGAUUGCAUGCCGUCUUUUGGACCAUGGCGCCGACAUCAAUGCCCCAAAGUCACGAAAAUUUGGGCGAACAGCGAUGGAAGGUGCCGCAGAGCGUGGUCACAUAGACAUGGCUGCAGCUUAUGCUCAAUAA